AUGGGACACUAUGUUAGUUUUCUAAAAGCCACAAUAGAUGAAAUGGACCAGUAUCCACAUAUAAAAGGCCAUUACCUCGUGAUGGAUAAUGCUCCAAUCCAUACAUUAGUUGAUAUAGCUAAAUAUGUAGAAUCUUGCGGUUGCCACUAUGUCUAUUUGCCAUUCUAUUCUUCUGAACUUAGUCUAAUUAAACAGUUUUGGUCAGUGAUUAAGAGUAAAGUCAAACGAAACAAGCUACUGGAAACUGAGACACUUAUGACAAGAAUCAGUGAGGCAUCUAAUAGUUUGACGCUGAGCAAUUUGAAAGGGAUUUCCACCAAAGGAUUGCGGUUGCGCCGCGAAUAUAGCACCAAGUUAAAUUUGGCACCAUUUACUAUAGGUUUUCUAAAUCGGCCCAUGAUCAUUAUAUAUAACCUUUUGCUGAUGGAAUGGCAUGUCGACGAGCUUGUUCAUCCCAUAAUUGGCGAGCCAAAGUCCCAACAAAUGUGGUAUUCGUGUUAUCCAUGCUAUUCGUGUUAUCCAUGCUAUUCGUGCUAUUCGUGCUAUUCGUGCUAUUCGUGCUAUCUGUGCUAUCUGUGCUAUCUGUGCUAUCCAUGCCAUGUUUCCAUAGGAAACAGAAAUAUAUGGUUUCAGUAG